CAAAGUUUUGGACUUUUGGUGGUAAGUGGUAACGGUAUCACUAUCAUCAGUGAGAGCAAUUCACCCAAACCGAAGCCACAAUCAAACCAUGGUGAUGAUAUCGAUACAGAUACUCCAUUAAUCAAAUCAAUGUUGUUUCUUCUUCUUCUUCAACCCAAAUUGCACUAACACUUUCAACUUCUUCAAAUUCAAACAAUGUUACUCACUUCUCAUCAUCACCACCAUUUCACACAUUCACUUUCUUCUUCUUCUUCCCUCUUACGUCCCCUUCAUCUCAACACUCCAAUCCUCAACUUCAAACUACAAUCAACAUCACAUAGAUUAACCUCCUUCACCGUCCACGCGAAUUCCUUACGUCACCGAUCUCAAAUUUCCGUCUCCAACCAUGUUUCCGAUUCCAAUUUCGAUUCCUUCCUUUCCUUUAUCGAACUCUCCUGCCUUCUCUCUUCCGUUAUCGUAUCCGCCACCGUCGCCGUGACUUCGGUUUGGAAGAAGGAGUUGUUUGUUUCAAUCGGUAACAGAGUUGCUCCGUGGAGUUUGUUGAUGUUAGUGGUUGGUGUUUUGACCGGUGCUUUGAUUAGGAGAAGGAAAUGGAGAGAGACGGUGAACGGUGGUUUUUCUGGUUCGGAGGUGGAUUUGUUGCUUAGGAUUGAGAAAUUGGAGGAAGAUUUGAGAAACUCUACGACGGUUGUUAGGGUUUUGUCUAGACAGCUUGAGAAAUUGGGGAUUAGGUUUCGUGUUACUCGCAAGACUUUGAAGGAGCCUAUAACUGAGACUGCAGCUCUGGCACAGAAGAAUUCUGCGGCCGCAAGAGCAUUAGCCAUGCAAUCAGAAAUAUUGGAGAAGGAGCUCGGGGAAAUUCAAAAGGUUUUACUAGCAAUGCAGGUACAACAGCAAAAACAACUUGAUCUCAUUCUUGCAAUAGCAAAGGCCGGUAAGCUAUGGGAAAGCAAGCGUGAAACUAGCGAAGAACACGGGACAAUAGAAAUGUCUAACUCAGCUGUGAAUCUCAAUCAGGAGGUCCACCAAGUUUGAAGCUUGGGUUAAACUAAGGAAAACCAUCAAAUUCCAGAGUGAUGAAUCUCAGUGUUACAUUCUUUGUUUUUUGAUGUGUACACUGAAUCAUCCAUCAACACACAAAAUCAAAUUACUCAGAAUUUUAUCGGCACAUAAAUAAUGAUUACACAUUUUCUAAGGGAGCCUCAAGUUUCCCGUCGAUACAGGUGGGAAGAAAUUACCCAACGAGUCAAUUCAAUCUAAGAGGGGAGAAUUUACCGAACUCUCUCUGGUUCUGUAGUAAAGUUAGGGAAUGUAAUGUUGGUUCUUUGUGUGUUCGCAUUUACUUUCAUUUCAAGUUUACAAGAUACUACUCAUCAUCAAUUUGUCACAGUUCACAUUUUCCCCUUCGCUUUACUUCACAAUAAUUCUGUAAAGUUAAAUAAUUAAGCACACAUUGUUGUCAUUGUAGUCGAUCCCUUUGUUAAAUUUGACUAAUUAGUUGCUGAGGUGUCAAGUUAGAGUGAUGACACGUCAGUUACCUA